AUGUCUCGACAACUUCUUUUUCAACUGCUGGCGCUGCCCGCUAAAGCUGCAGUAAACGCCUAUACUUGGAGCACACUUCCUUUUUAUACUUUAUAUCAAAAGCCAUUUAGCAAACUUCGACUUGCAAAGAACUUUGGCGUAAUCUCAACGGUGGACCCAAAGACUGGCCGUCGAGUGUACAGUCGACCGACACCUCCCGACAUCGAUCACCCAUACUUAAAGUACCAGGUUUUCAAUGACAUUAUCCCUACGUUGGACCGAAAUCGUGAGGUGUUGGGCAUUCGAGAUGUAAUUUCUGAGGUGCCUGCCGUCGACGAACAAACCGGUGAACCGGUGAUCAUUGACGGAAAGCCACUAGUGAAAGUUCAGCUGGCAGACGACUUUCGUUAUUUAAAGGUGGGAGAAGUACUCGAUCGCGUGGAAGCAAUCGCAAAAGGUUUAAAGGAAAAUCUGGGAGUAAAGCCAGGCGAUCAUGUGAUGAUCUACGCAGACAACAGCGCCGAGUGGUUCUACAGUUGUCUGGCACUUCUGCAGAUCAACGCCGUCAUGGUGACGCUCUUCUCCACACUGAAUGACUCUGGAGUAGUUUUUGGAAUCAAUCACAGUGACGCAAAAUUUGUCAUCACUUCAAAGAGACUUCUUCCAAAGAUCAACCGACUCAGUGGGCAGUUUGAGAAGGUGAAGAGUAUUGUGUACAUUGAUGAAAACGGCAAAAACGAUGAUGGUAACGUUGAGCAGUUGAAGGCAAAGGGCUUGGAGGUAGUUUCACUGGAGCAACUUGCAGAAAAUGGGUCUAAGUUGCCAAAGAUGGAUUUUCCAUCACCUAAUCCCGAUGAUACGAUGUUAAUUAUGUACACAUCGGGAACAACAGGUAAUCCUAAAGGAGUAAUCAUCUCUUACCGUAACUUCUCGGCCGAACUGCACAGCUUGUUGCGAAUGGAUUUGGAAAAUGACAAAAUCUGUUUUAGCUCAGUUUUUGCCGGGUACUUGCCCCAAGCCCACCUUUUCGGUUUGGUCAUGAAUUUAGGACUUUUCAUUAGCGAUUCAAAGAUUGCCUUUUGUAGCCCCUUCACUUUGCUCGACUCUAGUCCUGCUCAUAUUCCGGGGCAGGUGGGCGAUCUGCGGUUGAUUGCACCGGAGUUUCUAGUCGCCGUGCCGCUAAUGCUGGAACGCAUCAUCAAGGAGAUCUACCGAAAGUUGAAUGAACGUUCAAGUAUAAGCGCCCCCGUGUUCACCUAUCUAAUGGACUACAAAAUUCGCUGGACGGCUCGAGGUUUUGACACGCCCAUCAUCAACAGACUGGUUUGCAAAAAAAUCAACGAUCAAUUUGGAGGUCGUUUGCGUCUAAUUGGCGUAAGUUCUGCGCCUUUGAAUGAGAAAACUCAAGCACUGGCUCAGGCUGCAAUGGGCGUGAAGGUGGUGCAGGCGUACGGCAGUACAGAGAUGGCAG